UUAACUUACACCAGUUCCGCUAAAAUUUCAUACGCAGACAUACAGUCAAACGACAGGACUUGUUCUGUUUUUUUAACGUUUUUAUUAAAAGGAUCUUUAAAGAUAACUACCACAUUCAAAAACAAGAUGGAGCAACCUUACAAGAAUGGAAGUGAGAAACAGCCCUCAACCUUCCCACAAGUACAGUUCACUCAAAAUGAAGGAUAUGUCUCCCAAGAUUACCCACUUCUCGGCCACUCUUCUAGCAAAAAUCAUACUCAAGAUGACCCACUUCUUGUUCCUCCUACUGAAGAAGAUUUACCUGAAGAAUAUCCACCUGAAGAUUACCCACUUCUGGUUCCCCCUCUUGAACGACAACCCGUUAAUUACCCAGCACUAGUACAGCCUCAAAAUAAUCAAAAUUAUGCACCUCAAAGUCACCAUCCUCGAUUUUAUUCUCUUCAGCAACCAAACACGAUGAUUCAACAGGAGCAGAGUAAUAAUACAACAGUUGUUGUGCAAAACCAAUCUCAGCGUGCAGUUGGGGCAACAGCAAUUCCAGUUUUCAAUGAUUACAUGGGGUUGUCCACCUUUGCGUGUCUGUGUUGUUGUCAUCCACUUGGUCGUUUUGCACGGAAAAUGUCACGUCAGGCAAGACGUGAUUACAAUGCAGGUGACUAUGAAAGUGCCAUGAAAUCAGCAAUAAUGGCCAAAAGACUGGCUAUCGCUUCUAUAGUUAUUGGAACGAUUCUUCUUAUUUCAGCUGCUAUAGUGAUAGUAAUAGUGAGCAGCUAAAGUAAAUAAUUGUACAGUUGUCACUUUUAAUUUUCAUUCUGAUUUUCAUUUUAAUUUUCACUUAGAAUUAUAAGUUUCAUUGCAAUAAAUUUGCGCUUGAAGAUGGAAAGACGGUUUAUUGCAUACUUACGCCAUGUUACGGUCUGUACACACAAAAUAGUCAUGAACUUUAGGAUAACGUUAAAUAUAUACGGCAGUUGAACUACACUAAAUAGAAGCCGAUAUAGCUCGAAUAUUUCAAAAAGCAAAAAGUUUGUUACUAAAGGUUAAUCAGACGAGAAUAUAAAAACUGUGUAUUCUAAGUAAAUCAACAAAAAAAUUGACCAAACAAAAA